AUGGAUAAUCUAUGGCCUAUCAUCUCAUUUUGCACCUCAUUUCUGGCACUCAUGAGAUGGAGAACCAGUUAUGAGAAAUAUAUAAACAGAAGUCCUCACGAUAACCAAAACUUCACGAAAUGCACACUUUUGUUGUUUAAUAUGAUAACAAGGCCUUAUGUGGACAAACAUCCCGUUGUGUUAAAUAUUUACGAUUUGGGAUCGGCAAAUAAUUAUUUGCAAAACCUGGGGAUCGGCGUCUAUCACACGGGAACUCAUGUUUUUGAAUCAGAAUUCAAUUAUGGCGGCCAUCCCUCCGAAGAAACCGGUAUUUUUGAAAUACAGCCCAAAUUUGAUGAAUCGCUUGGAGAGGACUUCACAUUCAAUCGACAAGAGGUGAGACAAUUGGUUCAAAGUUUGGGUCGAAAGCGAUUCAAAGGCAAUGAAUACCAUUUGUUUCGAAACAAUUGCAAUCAUUUCACGAAUGCAUUCAUUCAAGUGUUAUGCGGUGUAGAGAUACCCAAAUGGAUCAACCGAUUGGCACGGAUUGGCGCAAACAUACCAUUCCUCGAGUCUAUGUUACCCAUAGAAGUGAUGACACCUAAUGUGACCGCAGUUCCCGACAACCGACUCGUCCCGACUCACGACCACACGAGUCAACCAAAUCCCACACUCAAUGCCAGCAUUACUUACGGCAGACAAACACACAAAACUCGUAAUUACAUUGUCUGA